AUCAAAUGGUUCAGUAUAAAAUGUAUUGCAUUGGGAAGGUGUUGUCAUUGCAUUUUAAAAAAUGAUUCACUAUUUGAUCCUCCUUAGUUGCCUGGGGGCAAUUUCUGGAAGCCCUCUGGGCCAGCCGGUUCACAAUGAUAUGCUAAUAGAGCGAGUAAUUGGAGGACACGAGGCCGCGCGAAACAGCUGGAAGUGGCAGGUGUCCCUCCAAAUAGCUGAUGCAUAUUAUCCUGAAUAUUUUUCUCAUAUCUGUGGUGGCACCCUUAUUAGUCCCCACUGGGUCAUGACUGCUGCCCACUGCAUCCAAAUGCCAAUACAAGCAAAUUACCAAGUGGCUCUGGGCGAGCACAAUCUCUUUGAAUUGGAUGGCACUGAAUAUUCUGUUGGUGUGGACAAAAUAUUUAUUCAUGAAGACUGGAAUCCCAGGGAUAUUGGGAAUGGAAAUGACAUUGCCCUGCUGCAUCUCUCUGUACCUGCCUAUGGUAAUGGCUUUGUUGAAGUAGGAAUGCUUCCAUCUGAAGGAGACAUUUUGCCUAAUAAUUAUCCAUGUUAUAUUACUGGAUGGGGACUGGCUAGUGUCGGUGGCAGCGCUCCUGCUAGACUUCAAGAAGCAAUGCUCCCUGUGGUUGACCAUGCCAUCUGCUCUCAGAGUAACUGGUGGGGGUCUCAAGCAAAGGAGAGCAUGGUGUGUGCUGGUGGAGAUGGUGUGAGGUCCGGGUGCAGUGGUGAUUCAGGGGGCCCAUUGCAGUGUUACAGGGAUGGUCGCUGGCAAAUUCAUGGGAUUGUUAGUUAUGGGAUUGUCCCCUACUGCAACACCUAUCAGAAGCCUACAGUCUUCACACGGGUAUCUGCUUACAUCAACUGGCUCUACAAUACUAUGGAGAAUAAUGGUGGAUAUUAAGGAAGGAUCAGUUUGUACAUGAACGUGAACUACUGUUUGAAUGAAAAGAUAUGCCGGUUAAUUAAAUUUCUCUCUCUCUUAUGGUCACAUAAUAGUAUGGGUUGGCUGCAAUAAUAAUAAAGCAACAAUGAAUUAAAAACC